UAGGCGAGAUUUCGCGAGAUGCUCAAAGUUUUGGAAGAUUCAUCUAUUUUGACCCAUCUGAAGUCAUAUGUGGCAAAUUCAUUGGAUUAAUCGAUUUAGUACUGGGCAGAAUUAAAAUCUGUAGAUUUAGGAGAAACGAGUAGUAAAGAAAGAUGCCUUGCUGGUAUUACGAGAAACGAGACCUACGAUAUACGCCGUCAUAUAAAGAUGGAAUCGACCCAGAAACUGAGGCCAGAUACAGGAGAGAAGGGGCUCGCUUCAUCAUUGACACAGGAACCAAGAUGGGACUGAGAUAUGAUACUUGUGCCACAGGAGUCGUGUACUUCCAUCGAUUUUAUAUGUUUCACUCCUUUAGAGAAUUUCAUCGUUAUGUGACUGGUGCUUGUUGUCUGUUCUUGGCUGGGAAGGUUGAAGAGACACCAAAGAAAUGUAAAGAUAUUAUCAAAAAUACCAAAAGUAUGUUGACGGAGGCGCAAUUUGCUGUUUUCGGAGAGGACUCCAAGGGAAAUGGUGGAGGCAAUGAAACUAAAGCUAUGGAAGAAGUGAUGACUUUAGAGAGGAUUCUUCUCCAGACAAUAAAAUUUGACCUACAAGUGGCACAUCCAUAUGCUUAUCUACUUCGGUAUGCUAAAGUCAUCAAAGGAGAUAAAGCGAAGAUUCAGAAGUUAAUACAGAUGGCUUGGACGUUUAUAAAUGAUAGUAUGUGCACCACCUUAUGUCUCCAGUGGGAGCCAGACAUCAUCUCGGUCGCACUAAUGUACCUGGCUAGUCGAUUAUCAAAGUUUGAUAUUACUGACUAUCAUGGCAAGACACCAGGUUCGAAGAUCAAAUGGUGGGAGUUCCUUGUGGAUGAUGCGACGAUGGACCUCUUGGAAGAUAUCUGCCAUCAGGUUUUAGAUCUGUACUCGGCUCCCCAGGCAAAGCGUGAGGACUCUCCACCCAUGUCGUCACGUCCACGGGUCCCACUGCCAGCUAUGCCUCCUGCUCCACAACCCAUGCCCGCUGCCGCACCUGCCAUGCCACCGGCACAGCACAAACGAUCAAGAUCUGUAACACCGCAAGAAUCUGCACCGAAAGCUAAUAACCUAAACGACCCCCAUAAAGACAGUUUGCCUAACACAAGUGCUGAGAAAGGAGACCGUAAGAAAUCUGGCAAAAGAUCUUCGAGUGCCAAAACGACCAACAUCCCUGUCCCUCCUCCUGUCGGUGUGGCAGCCGUCGAUGUCCCUCCACCAGCAUCCCUUCUUGCUGGUUCCAUGCCGCAGACUGGUAUGAGUUACAGCAGUACAUUCCAACAGUACCAAUCAGCAACCAGUAACGAGUCAUACUCUUCAAAUCCGUUCAUGCCUUCUAACAUGACAGCCAGCUCCUUCCUUUCCACGGAGGGGGCACAGUCUAUACAGACCUUGAUAGGUGGAGGCACCACUGCACAACAACAACAACAACAACAACAACAGCAACAGGCAAAGCAACAACAGGCAGCGAAACAGCAAGUGCCGUACAGUAGUGCUGCCUAUCAGCCGCCACCUCCCUCGGACUCGUAUUCCCAGGCACAGUACAACCAGCAGGUUUAUCAGCAGCAGCCAGCAUAUCAGCAAGGUUAUGGGCAACAGCAGUCGUCUCAGCAGGGUCAGGCUCAGCAGCCUGUAGCCCCAGCACAACAAGGGCAGAUGCAGACACAACAGGCAAAUUACAACUAUCAGCAGACAGCAUACCCCCAACAACAACAACAACAACAGCAACAACAGUAUGGUGUGGCAAAUCAGCAACAGUUCCCAGUUGGAACCCAACAGUACCCAGUUGCUAGUACCCAACAACAGUUCCAGGCUGCCGGUCAACAACAGUUCCCAGCUUCUGCUGCACAGACGACAAAUCCACAGCAGUUUCCAGUCACAGGGCAGCCAGGAUUCCCUCCGACAAGCCAAUCACAGUUCAGUUAUCAGAAUCAGACCUAUCCUGCCCAGAAUGUUCAGAAUCAGUACAUAGCCCCGACCAAUGCUGCUUAUCCAGCGCAGCCAGCUAGUCAACAGCCAUACACAGGUCAGACCCAAUCAUUCCCACAGAUGCCUCAGGCACCACCUCCACAAUUUCCCCCACAGCCUCCUCCACAACCAAACAGUGCACCGCCACAGCAGCAAUUUGGCCAACAGCCGUUUCAACAGCCGCCUCCGAAUUUUCCACCGAUGCCUUUCCCUGCGAGUACGCCGAGUACCCAACCACAACCACCUCCGGUUCAGCCUCUCAUGAGUGCUAAUGUCCGGCCGAGUGGCAACUCCUCGGGCAUAGCCACGAGAAUCACUGGCGCUCGGAGGAGCAGCAGGAGGUAACAAAAUGUUCACUUUUACCCUAAUGGUUUCUCAUUCGAAAGUCUUAUCUUCUAUCAGUAUUGGAUAGAAAUGGUGUCAACAUUUCAAAAGCAUAAUUUUCACUAAAAUUUAGGACCCUAGAAAAAAAACGGUUUGCAGUAUUUGAUAGGCUUGUUUAAGCUGAACGUUAUUGUGACUUGAUUGGUUAAACUUGAUGAAUUGUUGUCAUUAUCUAGACUUAGUAAGAUAAUCUGCAAAACCAUUGUUUACCAAUGUGUCCGAGGUGCGGAGGGUCCUGAUUUUAACCACACCACAAGGGCACUCGACCCUGCCAUGCCAAUCCAACGCUGUUGUGCGUAUAGACUUUCGUGCGGUAGACUUUUACAGGCAUUUACUGCCCGGAUUUUAUUUAAAUGUUUUCCCUGUCGGGGACUGGUUGCCGAACAGGGCCAAGUAGGCCACCCCUGCACUGGUAUGAAUUGUGACAUACUUGAUGUAAUACAUGUACCAUGUAAUACCUGACCCAUGCAACAGGUGGAUUUCAUAUGUGUAUCUUAUACCCUCCUCUCAAGGGCAGUGAGAGUGAGACUUGGUUCAUUUGAAGGAUAAAAUUCCUGAUUUGUAAAAUGUAAAAAACCAUAGUAUGUAGUUUUAGAAAAAGCUGUAAAAAACAUACCCUGUGAGAAAAAAAUAAUAA